GGGACUUACGGGCACAACUGACUGCGGUCCCCGGCGCCUGGACGAUGGCUGUGUGCUCCUGUCUGGCACUGCUGCUUGCUGUUCUUCUUCUGGGGGGAGAUUUUGGUGCCAAAGGACACAUUACCGUGGACAAUUUUGAAAGCAUUGCUACAGUCCCUGAGAACAGUCCUCCAAGAACCAGGAUUUCUGAGUUCCGGAUAAUUGUGGACAACUCUACCCUUGUUCAAAUCACAGUCACUUCCGUACCAAAAAGCGAAUUCUUUCAGAUAUUUUGGAGGAAGACUCACGAGAACAGUACUGGAAGCUAUUUCCAAGCAGAGAUAUUUCUGAACAAUUAUGCCUCGUUGGAUCAUGAAAAGACUCCGAUGUAUGUGCUCACCAUUUCGAUCUUUGCUGAUAAAAUGGAACCCGUGAUGGAAGAGCUCAGGCUGAAUGUAGUCGAUGUCCAUGACGUGCGGUGUGGUGUAUAUUUCCAGGCACCAGGAGGAGACACGGUCAAUGUGCUGGAAACUGCCACACCUCUCUCGCAAAUCUACACCAUUGUCUCGGCACCCACCUACUCAGCAAAUUUCUCAUAUGCCAUCACCAAAUCCAUUCCCAUAUCUGCAAAGGACUUCUUCAAUGUAGACCAGUCGGGCUGCAUCUACGUUCCACCCAGCGGCUUUGGACGACGGGAUGUGGAGAGGUAUUUCAGACUCCACGUUGUGGUGACUGAGAACAGAGACACCAUCUGCACAGGAAUGGUGACGAUUAUCGUGAUUCCUGUCCAUCACUGGCCUCCUGUCUUCACGUGGGUCCCGCAUACCGUCAGCAUCCCAGAGAACCAAGGGCCAGAGUUCUACGUGACCAUGGUCAGUGCUGCAGGAGACGGGGUGCACUUUCACCUGGCCGCCUUCCACCCCUCCUUCCAGCUGGGUGAAGAAACUGGGAUCAUCAAAACUACGGACAACCUAGACCUGGAUCAGAACCCUGGGCUUGCUGUCAAUCUGUUGGUAAUCAUUGCCUAUGACGACAGCUACCUCCACAGUUCAUCGGCUAAUGUCACGGUGUACGUGACUGAUGUGAAUGACAACAGUCCUCUCUGCACUCCACCCAUCUUUGUGACAGAGAUCCCAGAGACAACUCCCGUGGGCUCAAUCCUUUUUGAGCUAUCGUGCAGUGACGCUGAUUACACCAACACCAACCUGUCGUACACCAUCGUCCCCAAUGACAACUCACAAUUUAAAUUCAUGUAUGGAGAUCACAGCGUGAAGGUCAACGAGAGCCUCGAUUACGACUCCGCUGAGAUGGCAACGCUGGGCUUCCGUCACACUGCUGUCAUCACUGUGGUAGACAGCGGAGAGCCCCCUCUGACCACCACAGUCUCACUGCUGGUGACCGUCACCCAGGUCAAUGAGUUUCCUCCCAUCUUUCAUGGUCCCAGAGAAUUCAGCGUUCCUGAAAACAGCGCGGGGAACACAAGAGUGGGCGUGGUGAAUGCCACUGAUGCUGACUGGGUUUACAACCACAUUCAGUUCUCCAUUGUGGGGCACAUUCCACCCAUCUUCUACAUCCAGCCAUUCACCGGUGAAAUUAACACAAUGGUCCCACUUGACUUUGAAAAGGUUGACACCUACGUGCUUACAAUCCAGGCUGUGGACAUGAAUUAUGAUGUGGUGUUUGAUAGUUCUCAACAGAAGACAAGCUAUGCUCAGUACACCAUCCACGUCAAGAACGUAAACGACAUGCCUCCUGUCUGCAGCCCUCCUUUCUACAAGGAGACCAUCUACUCCACACUUGCAGAGAACGUUCCCGUCGUUACACUGUCCUGCACUGACAGGGACUCAGAACAACUCAUCUACAGAAUAGUUGGUGGGAAUACAAACAGUCGCUUUACUUCUCGCGGGAACUCCCUGUUCUCCAGGAACAGCUUCUCAUACAAUAUGGAUGGGGUCAUCGAUCCAACAACCUUUGAACUACUAAUUCAGGUCACCGAUGUCAACGAUGCUGAUUCAAAGCUUCAGCUCACCAGCACGGCGAUUGUCAUCGUCCACGUUAUUCCAUGGACCACCACGGUGACAGCUAGCAGCAUGCUGCCCACGACAGAAGCACCAGUCCACAAGGUGGUGACUCUGCUGAACAAGUACUGGAAGCCCCAGCCCUGGUUUGUGGUGCUCCUGACACUGGUGGCACUACUGGCUGCAGUGGCCGUCGCAUUGCUGCUGUAUCUGUCAAGGACUUUGUGCUUUAAUCGGAUUUUCCCACAGAGUGAAAUAUCCCAGCACUUGCUGCCGGACAGGUGGCCACCUGAGGUGGAAGCACAGAAGGGCAGUGAAACCAAGAACAGCACGGACAAUGAGUUCAUGACAAAGAGCACACUCAGCUUGCAGUUUGAUGGUCGAGCAAUCGAUGCAAGCACCGGAAGAGCUUACCUGUUCAACUCUAUAACUGGUACGCGGCGCUGGGUGUGAGACGAUGAGGACCCUUCAUCAAGAGUCCCUCCCACGUACAGAUUACAUGCUAGGGUUGUGUUAAUAUACUGUCAUCUUUCUGAAAAUCUGGGUAGCUCACCACCAGUAUUCUUGGAGUUUUUGUUCCAGGGUAUAACCACAAGUUCAUAAUAUCCACUGGAGCACUGCUGCAUCCCAUCAGUGACCCUUAACACCCUCUACAAACACAAACACUGUCCCUGUCACACAUCUUAGCCCUUCUCCUCUUCUCACCCACCCAUCACCUCCCUCUGGUGCACCUCUUCUCUCAUGGUGAACUCUCCUCGCCUAUCAGAUUCCUUCUUUUUUGGCCCUUUACCUCUUCACCUAUCACCUUCCAGAUUUUCACUUAAUCUUGUCUCCCCACCCACAACCCUUUGCCUCAUCUGGUCUCACCCAUCACUUGACAGAUUGUGUUCCUUCCCUACCCCCUGCCUCCUGCUCCCAUCACUCUUAUUCUGAUUUCCUCUCAGUUCCUUUCCAGCCCUGAUGAAGGGUCUCGGCCCAAAGUAUCAACAGUUUAUUCCUCUCCAUAGAUGCUGCCCGACCUGCUGUGUUCCUCCAACAUUUUGAGUAUAUUGCCAUUUCACACACCUGUUGCCUGCUUUGUUAGUGGAUUAUUUGCAAAUAGGUAGUUGUAAUCUGCAAUGAAUCAUAAACCUUUUGUGCUAGUUGCCUGUUUAAUGUUAAAGGAUAUCUGGAUGAUGUGAAAUCUUUCACUAGCCCAAAAAGGUAGAGUUGAAGAUGGAAAAGGAAUUUCAGUUUUGGCCAUCUUUCCUUGCUCACUGUGGAGUGGCUCGAGGGGCUGAAGGGCCUUGCUGGCAGAGUCAAAUGGAGUGGGAAAGAUGGUGCAGAAAUGCAGACUCAGAUUUUAAAUGUUUCAACAAGAAGAAUGGGGGAGAGGUGUGUGUGUGUGUGUGUGUGUGCGUGUGUGCGUGUGUGUGCGUGUGUGCAUGUGUGCGUGUGUGUGUGUGUGAAGAGCUUUGCAGUUGGUCCUCUGGGCAAGGGUGAGUUAGGAUUAUACAAGAUGCUCAGCCAGGCGAUGGGUCAUUUGGUCCGAGCAGUCCAUGCUGGCUUCACCCCAGCCUCCUUUGCUAAACCCAUCAGUGGAACUCACUAUUCCCUUCCCCUUAGAUACACCCGUAGAAUUUGUUUCAGCCAGUUCCACAUUCUCAUCUGAUACUGAUACCUCUGGUUAUGCUCAUCCCACUGCAUCCUCUCUGAGAAUAUGCCAUGAUGCUGAAAACCUGUGAGGUCAUCCCUCAGCCUUUCCAAGUGAAAGCAACUCUGAACAUGCCUUCCUGGUAUCUAUUCCCUCGCAAUCUUGCAUCAUUUCUGUACUCCCUCUCUAGUUCCUCUAUAUCCUUCCAAUAAUAUAAUGACCAGGACUCCAAGUGUAUCUUAAACAAGACAUGGUACAUUACUUCUCAACUAUUCUAUUAUGUCCCUCUGGAAAUGAAUCCUGGUGUUUGUCUACUUUCUUUAUGAUCUUGUUAACAUGUGGCACAACUUUUUGUGAUUAGACAUAAGAAGAUAUAUCAGGAUGUUGUGCUAAUCUUUUAACCUACUCUAAGAGUAAUCUAAUGCUUCCCUCCUACAUGGCCCACCAUUUUUGUACCAUCCAUGUGGCUAUCUAAGAGUUUCUUAAAUGCCCCUCAUGUAUCUCUUUCUACCAUCACCCCACCCACUCUUUGUGUAAAGAAUUUACCUCUGAAUACGCCUCAUCCUUUCCUCCAAUCACCUUAAAAUUAUGCCCCUUUGGCUUAACUUUCUGCCCUGGGAAUUCAUGCAUUUUUAAUUCAAGAUUGAAAUAUUCUUGUUCUUCUGCCCUAUCUAUUGAAGUAUAAAUUAACCCCCCCUAUUUUUGCUACCAAAGUACUCAUCCUUCAUUUGUCUUGGACUUCAUUGACAAAUAAUUGUGCAAGUUUAUUAUUGAGCAUUUGCCACACUUUGCAGACAUAGAAGCUGUAUUUUUGAUUCCAGGGACUAAAUUGUUUAUGAAACACCAACCACGCACCCUCACACACUACCCUUUCCUCCUGUUUUCUGUCCUGAAGCCAGAAAGUAACCUCAUGGGUGACAUUUCCCAAUGCUACUUUCUCCAACCUCACUUGCUGAUCUAUGGGACUCCUAAUCAAAGGCCCUUUGAAGAGCUAAAUGAAUUAUAUGUGUUGCACUUUGAUUGUCUGCUCUAUCACCUACUGAAAAAUCAAUAAGGUUGAGCAAGCCAGAUCUUUAUUUUUGGUAUUCAUGUGGGCUAUUCGUUACUGUAUUUGUGUUUCUAAAUGUUCUUCUAUCCUCUUCAUUAGGAAUGAUUCCACUACUUUUCCCACCACUAAUGUAAAGCAGAAUGGUCUCUAACAUGUUUCAUAUGCCUUACUAGUUAGAUUGGGAUACAAAGGAGUGAGAUACAUCUUCACCAUGAGGAAGCAGAGAGAGGACAUCCACAGAAUUUGUUCCAAGCAGUUUGGGAAAGAGAUGAAAGUGGCAAACUUUAAGGGUCAGGGGCUACAGGAAAGGCCUAUCAAAGUCUUGGAGAGAUGCCACACACAAUCAGGCCCAUUUGGCCAUUGUCCACAAUGUUCAUCAACAACCCAUUGACUCUAAUCCUGCACUAAUCCCAAUAUUCUUCCUGCUCAUGAACACUCCCCCACCCCCAUCUUCUACUACUCAGACACUAGUGGCUGUUUGCAUUGGUAAAAUUACCUGCUAACCCACAGGCCUUUGGAACUGGGAGGAACAUGGAGCACACAAAGAAAUCUUAUGUGGUCACAGGAGGACCAUGAAAACUUGACAAGUGCAGGUCCAAAAGAUUAGACCCAGGUCUUUAGUGUUGUGAGCUAUUCCACUGUGCUGUUCUAGCCGUCAGUCUCGGUUUUCUCCAGAUGUACAGACAGGGCCACUUAAUAAGUAUCCAAGGAAUGUAGAAUUAAAGCAGUUAAAAGGGGAAAAGAAACUGUUCCACAUGCAUGUGUUAUUCAGAAAUUCAGGUGCAAGAGUAUACAGAUGAUAACAACGAAGGACAAGUACACAGGAUAAGACAGGGCUCCAUCAGAGCAGCAAUGAGAGGACAUGACAGUGUAAAUCACGUACUUUACCCCCCCCCCCCACUGGAAACUCCAUCACAGUUCUCUCAAAUUGCAUUUUAAAGAAUAGUAACUUUUUCUAUCAUUGUCUGCAAUUUUUGUAACAUACCGACAAUUAAUUAAAACAUGUGGUUUUCAAAGUGGAAAAAUAACAAAAACUAUUUCAAGUGCGACGGUUUCUGAUGAGGUGAGGAAGUUGUGGACACUGCUGCUCCCAACACUGAUACGUACAGUUAGGGUGUAUUCUAGAGUUAUGGUAUAUAGCAAAUAUUAAUUUAAACAGCAACCAGUCUUCAGAUCUGAGUGUGGAUUGUAGAUUGAGUUUAAAAUGCAGCUCAGAACAAUGACCCUGGGGCUGCAGACUGGAGUUGAUUGCAAACCAAAAAACACUCCAUUGACUUGAGAUGUCUGCAUAUGUAUGAAUGCAGCUCAGAGACAGUGGUGACUAACAUUAAAUCCGAGGUGUCCGGAAUGUUGCUGUGAAGAUUUAGGUGUUUGAAGAUUAUAUACAACUCAAAGGAAGCCUUAUGAAUGCAUUGUAGAUAUAGAAAUUGUCCUGCUGUUACCUUUGAUCUUUAGCACAUAAAAAUGUAAUGCAUUGUUGGUUCAGGUGAUCUCCAAGAUGAUGCCUGUUUGUGCUGAAUAAAGAC